UCCUUUUAAAGUUUAUAUUAAAGCAAUUUCACAAUCUAGACAAAAUCAUCACUUUCUUGGACCCCCACCCCCCACCAAAAAUCAACUCUUUUUCAGUAUGAAACCUGCAAAAUACCCAGCUAUCCAAAUUAAAGCAACCACCUUUGAUUUUGCAUCAAUCUGAAUCAAAUUUAACUAUGUGUUGCAUGCGUCAAUUGGCUCACUUUUCAUCAUUCAACACUACUUCCACAGUUCCACUGUUGCACACCAACUGUUUGUCAAAAUGUCUAUGAGCCCUUCAUCAUAAUUUUUUUACUAUGUAAGUAAAUAAAUUGCCACUUUUCUUGGUGUUUUCAAAAUUUCCCACCUUAAUUUAUGCCACUGUACAUCCAUUGUUUGUGUUUUCAUGCUGUAUAUUUUUUGUUGAUUUAUGCUCCAUUGAUGCAUUCUUGCCGUUUUGGUCAAAGCUCAAAAUAUUCCCUAUCUAUUUUUGGGCUAAUUCUUCUGACCUAAUCAUAAACUACAGCUUACCCCCACUUUCAUUAUCUGCUAAAUUUAAUCACAUUUCGCGCUUAGGGAGAGAAUCUUUGUCGACGAACACGAGAGAUAAAUUCUUGGUGAUUAAGUUUUUUUUGUGUACAGAGCUAAGAAGUCAAUUUUAUUUGAGCAUAACAUUAGCAAGCAAUGCCUUCAAGACCCAUUUCCCCAGAUCAAAAACCCAGUCCAAAUAUAAGAUCUAAAGUUAUUCUUCUAGCAAUAACAAUCUCAGCAGUAGCAAUAUUCCUGCUGACAAUAAUCUACAUCCUAUAUCAUACAUGGGAUACCUUGUUUCGUCGUUCUAGAACGAACCCAUUUGACUCAACGAGUCCUACUUUGAAGCUCCAGAAGUUCAGCUACAAGGAGCUGAAAUCGGCUACAAAUAAAUUCAACCCAGAUAACUCCAUUGGCAAGGGGGGUUUCGGUACGGUUUUUCGAGGGAUUUUGAGAGAUGGGAAGUCCGUGGCGAUCAAGAAGCUAGAUGCUGCGUCUUCUAUACAAGCAGAGAGGGAGUUCCAAAGUGAGCUUACUAUACUUGGUUCUAUUAGAUCAUCUCAUAUUGUUUCAUUAUUGGGUUACUGUAUUGAGAAGAAUAAGAGGGUUUUGGUCUAUGAGUAUAUGCCAAAUCGUAGUGUGCAAGACUUGUUAUUCAGUGAUGUGAAUGUGAAUUUAGGCUGCAUGAAUUGGGAGAGGAGGUUUCAGAUUAUUCAGGAUGUGGUUAGAGCACUCGAGUUUUUGCAUAAUGAGUGUGACCCUCCUGUGAUUCAUGGUGAUAUCAAGCCUAGUAAUGUGUUGCUUGAUUGGGAUUUCAAAGCGAAGAUAUCAGAUUUUGGGUUGUCCAGGGUGAAGGUGGAGGAUGAAGUUGGGAUUGAUUUGUUCAGUCAGGAAUUGGGUAAGAGUCAGGAAUUGUGGAAGAGUCAAGAUCUUUCUGGGAAUUUUAAUGGAGAAACCACUCCAACAAUUGGAACUCCUCCAAUUGAAGGUGGUCAAUGUAGUAGUGGUGAGGUUGAUUUUGCGUUGGCUCUACAAGCAUCUAGCUCAUCUAAGAAUGUCAAAGGAUUCCAAAACAUGAAUGGCUUGAAUAGUGCCAGUUCAUUGAGCUAUAAUUGUAGCAGCAAAGCUAGUCCGAAAGGGAAAGAAGUUUUGGUGGAAGACAUUGUUAGUUCAUAUGAUCAGGAGCUUUCUAGUGUUGAGCAUAGUAAGGAGCUUGCUAUGGAGGAUUCUGGAGAGGGAAAACAAUUAGGGAAAGAUUGGUGGUGGAAACAGGAUGAUAGUAAGGAACUUUGCAGCAAAGAAUAUGUUAAUGAAUGGAUUGGCACCCAAAUUUGUGGUUCAACGAAUAGGGAUUGGGAGAAUAUGAGCUUGCCAAUGGAAUUCAACUUAGGUUAUUCUCCUCAGUUGGAUCAAUUAAAAGAAGAAAAGGAGGAGCUUGGUUGCCCUGAUGAGAAGGGGUUUGAGCCCAAGGACAAAAGCAUUCAGAAGAACAAACCCAGGAAAAUGCAAGAUUGGUGGAAACAAGAGAAACUUGAUGAAAUGAGAAAAAAAGGAAGUAAGCGAAAGAGCCUUGAAAGUAAGAUGAGGAAAAGAAUCAGAAUCCCACAUUUUGGCUUAGGUCGACAAUUUUGCAUCCUCAAGAGAACAAGUGUAAGGGAGCAUAACCAGGAAGAAAACAGCCGAAAAAAUGAGUUUAGUUUCAACAAGGGUUGGAAAAGGAAACAUUCACGUUCAAUGGGAAGUGAUAUGAGCGGAGAAUUAUUUAGUAGGGAGUUGAGCACCACAACAAGCAUGAGAGGCACCUUAUGCUAUAUAGCCCCAGAAUACGGAGGAUGUGGUUACUUAAUGGAGAAGGGUGAUAUUUACAGCUUAGGUGUUCUUAUCCUUGUGAUCAUUUCUGGUAGAAGGCCUUUACAUGUUUUAAAUUCACCUAUGAAGUUUGAGAAAGCAAACCUGAUAAGCUGGUGUAGGCAUUUAGCUCAGGUUGGAAAUGUUUUAGAACUUCUAGAUGAAAGACUGAAAGAUGCAUACAAUAAGGAGCAAGUGACAUUGUGUAUUCAUUUGGCCUUGGCUUGCUUGCAGAGGUUACCGGAAUUGCGUCCAGAAAUUGGAGAUAUUGUUCGGAUUUUGAGAGGGGAAAUGGAUCUCCCGCCAUUACCAUUUGAGUUUUCUCCCUCUCCACCUUCUAAAUUUUACAGCAGGUCAAGAAGAAAACAUUCAGAGUACCUGUAGUCCCACUUUAGACAUCACAGAAAGUCAGAAACUUACCUAACAUGGACCGAGGGAAUGCUGGCACAACAUUCAGAUUCGCCAAUUACCCGCACUUGUCCAGAGUUCAAACAAGGGUUCAAGGCAGAUUGCAAUAAUGUUGCUGCUAGUGUCAGAAAUGAAAUGGGGGAGGAAUCUGAGUGACAAACUGGCAGGUCAUAUGCCGUUGUAUUUUUUUUUAAAGGUAAGAAGAAGGGACCCUACUGAACCAACACCUAGCACAGGUUAACCAGCUCAGCUCCGCAGGUCAUCGCUUGAGCCACUCCCAAGCAUUUCGCAGUUGAUGGGGCUCGACCUUGAUACCUCCAAGUCACAAGGUAGUGGUAACGGCCUUGUGAGUUGCCUCGCUCUCUUGUGCAGUUGCAGUGUUGUUUUUGCCUUGUUGCCUCCUUUUUUGCUGCUUCUGUUGUAGACCAGAAGGGGCUUGUCAGCAGUGGUUAGGUAGGGUUGGUCCAUUACAACACCCCGCCCCCAAACCAACACCUUGUCCUCAAGGUGGAAGUCCGGAAAACGCUCGUUGAUCAAGAACGCAUCCUCCUACGUGGCCUCAAAGGUAGGCAGCCCUGCCCAUUUGAUCAGCACCUGUGAGUUCUCCCCACUCUUUGUGCGCACCUCCAGUAACUCUUCUGGCUCAACCAUCAACUCCAGCUCCUGAUUCAGUUGUGCAGGCAAGGUGGGAGUAGCUAUUACAGCCCCAACCGCCCUCUUCAAUUGGGAAACAUGAAACACCAGAUGAAUUUUACUCUCAGUAGGCAACUGGAGUUUGUAUGCCACUGUCCUAAUUUUCUGAAUGAUGUCAUACGACCCAUAGAAACGGGCGGAUAAUUUUUCAUUGGGCUUUUUUGCUAGAGACUUCUGAAGGAAAUAAUGUCUUUGGUCCAAAUAUGCAUUCAAUGCUAAAGUCUAAUAAAUGCGGUUCAGUAUUAAUUAA